CAAAAUAUUCUCCAUAAAUACUCCAUCUUCAUCCCUUCUCCAAAUUUUGUCUAUUCUCUGUAUGUGAUUUGUGCUCCAGACUGCUUCAUUCCACAGACUCGGGUUUUGCAGGAGAAUUGCAAAUGUCGCUUCAUUUCUUGCCUUCGCCAAACCUUUCCUUGUUUUCUUGUUCCUAUUCAACCAAGCCAUUGGUUUUCGGAGCUACUAUUCGAUACCCAAUCAAAUUCGGCUUCCCACUUUCUCGAAACUCCAAUCCUUCGCACACUGGCUUUGCUUCCAUCAAAUGCCUCGAGAAAUUCAGAUCUUUCAAAGUCAAUUGUUCGGCAGAGACCGCCGAGGGCGCUGAUGCAGCUGUCAAGGAGAGGAGCGUGUCGGUUGUUCUACUUGCCGGCGGGAAAGGCAAAAGGAUGGGCGCGAGCAUGCCGAAGCAGUAUCUUCCACUCUUAGGGCAACCAAUUGCUCUGUACAGUUUCUACACUUUCUCGAAGAUGCCUGAAGUGAAGGAGAUUGUUGUUGUUUGUGAUCCUUCUUAUCAAGACAUUUUUGAAGAUGCCAGAGAGAAUAUCAGAGUGGAUUUGAAAUUUGCAUUGCCGGGGAAGGAGAGACAAGAUUCAGUAUAUAGUGGAUUAGAGGCAAUUGAUUCGAAUUCUGAGCUUGUGUGCAUCCAUGAUUCUGCAAGACCUCUCGUGUUGGCUGCAGAUGCAGCCAAGGUUCUAAAUGACGGGUGGCGUAUUGGUGCUGCUGUUCUCGGAGUUCCUGCUAAAGCAACGAUCAAAGAGGCAAAUAGCGAAUCCUUUGUGGUGAGAACUCUGGAUAGAAAAACUCUUUGGGAAAUGCAAACCCCACAGGUUAUUAAGCCAGCCUUGCUUAGGAAAGGAUUCGAGCUUGUCAAUAGAGAAGGACUUGAAGUCACAGAUGAUGUCUCAAUCGUCGAGCAUCUUAAACAUCCUGUGUACAUUACCGAAGGAUCCUACACCAACAUCAAGGUUACAACCCCCGACGACUUACUACUCGCCGAGAGAAUAUUGCACACUCCGGCUUGAGAAUAAUUCAUCACGAUGACGGUGUAGUUUUAAAAAAUUCUUGGAAACAUUUCGGGACUGUUUUGUUGAGAGUUGCAAUGGAAAUAAACUGUCGAAGAAAGCCAUUUCAGACAUUCUAUCUAAGGAAGGAAUAAAAACACAGUUCCAAUUUUA